GUAUCCUCCUUGGACAAGUGUGUUCAAUGUGUGGGACCUGUAUCCUCCUUCAAGUGGCUUGGCUAUGAAUGCAGAGGAGGAACAGUUUUCUAAAUGUUCCAGGGAUGAACUGCUGUCAGAUAAGGAUGAUGUACCAGAUUCAGAACUGGAUCAAAUAUCAGAUGACGACGAGAACAUGUCCGACAAGGACUACAUACCAGACUCGGAGUCACAAAAUGAUGAUGCUGAUGAUGAUGAUACAGAUGCAAGCAUCCCCUUUAUGCCUAGUCAGUCGAAAGCUAAACAGGUUCAAGUAAAUCCAGUACUACCUGAUGUUGGAACAUCUUAUGGGUCAGACACAAGCAUCCCAGUUGUGCCCAGCACAUCAAAAUGUUGGCCACCUCUUGAAGAUCCUAAUGCUGCUGAAACAUCUGUUUCAGUAAAUUCUAUCAAAGACUCAAAGGAAAAGCCAGAGGAUGAAGCUAAGCUUCAUGAACAAAAAUCAACACAUCUGACUAUGAGUAAAGAAAAUUACUGUUAUGUUUGUGGUAAGCCACAAAGCAAAAUUUCCCGCCACUUGAAAACACACAAGACACAUGCUGAAAUUGUACAUGCAUUUUCUCUCCCUGAGCAUUCAAAAGAGCGUAAGAUAUUAUUAGAAAAAAUGAGGAAUAAGGGAAAUUUUAAACAUAACACAACAGUUUUACAGGGUGGAACAGGACCGUUGAAAGCGAAGAGGAAACCAAAGGGUAAAGCACUGGCAGGAAAGUUUAUUCACUGUAUGCACUGUCAAGGGAUGUACAUUCGUAAGGAGCUUUGGAGACAUGUCCGCAGAUGCCCCUGUAAGCCAGAAAACGAAGAUUUGGAUAAAGAACCUGGGAGAACCAAAGUACUGGGCAUGGCUGUAGCUCACGAAACUGCAUUCUGUCAGCAGAUCUCAAGUGGAGUGUGGAAGCUCCUUAGUGUCAUGAAACAAGAUGAGGUUGCCUCAGCUGUGCGAAAUGAUUUCUCUAUUAUUCAGUUUGCCCAAUCACUCUAUAACAAACACGGACAAGACCCUACAAAGUAUGAAUAUAUGCGACAGAAGCUCCGUGAAGUGGGACGUUUGUUGUUAUGUCUGCGCACAGAAUUCUCAGUACAUAACCUAGAGGAGGCUGUUAAACCUGCUAACUUCCAGAGAGUUGUGCAAGCAGUAAAGAAAGUUUCAGGUUUUGACGAAGAAAAACACUCAUAUCUAACACCAAGCCUCGCGCUGAAACUGGGACAUACACUACAGAAAAUCUCUAACAUUAUUCAUUGUAGGGCCCUCAUGGCCGAAGAUGAAGAACUGAUCAGGUCCACUGAGAUAUUCAAGAAGUUGCACACCUCCAAGUGGCCUGAGUUGGUGUCUCACCGUGCCCUGAACACACUGAGUGAUGCAAAGUACAACAAGCCAUCAACAUUACCCUUCACUGAAGAUGUUCAGAUCCUUCAUCGGUACCUUGAGAAAUCUGUAGAAAGUGCCUUUUGCAACUUGAAGGAGGAGGCCACUGCUCAGAACUAUGCUCAACUUGCAAAGUUACACUUGCACAAAUCAUUGUGUUCAAUCGAAGACGUGCUGGGAGGUUUCAAAAAUGCGCCUCAAAAGUUUUCAUGA